AUGUUGCAGCCCUUCAGGCGUGGAAUUUCUGGAGGGGAUUUCCGACAAAGAGCCUUGACAAAGCUAACAUUUAUCAACUCCCUGCUUGGACGUCCCUUCCUUCAGAGUUUACACAUAAAAGUUGGAGACAAAGCUGAACUUACCAAAACUUUUACACAGAAUGAUAUUGUUACUUUUUCUGAUUUAACAGGUGACACAAAUCCUUUGCAUUUAAAUGAAGAUUUUGCAAAGAAAUCUAGGUUUGGGAGAACUAUUGUACAUGGAGUUUUGAUCAAUGGACUUAUUUCUGCAGUUCUGGGUACUAAAAUGCCUGGUCAAGGUUGUGUAUUUCUUUCUCAGGAGAUCCGAUUUCCAGCUCCUUUGUAUACAGGUGAAGAAGUCAUAGCUGCCGCAGAAGUUAAACGACUGAAGGGUUCUAUUGCACACAUUUCAGUAUCAUGUAAAGUCAAAGAAAGUGGAAAGACCGUUAUGGAAGGGAUGGUGAAAGUCAUGGUGUCAGACAGUUAGAGCUGUUGAUCCUGUGCUGCUUUAUUAUAAAGGCCAGAAAUGUA